AUGCACUCCUUCAAGCGCAAGAUCUUUUCGCCAAAGCUAACUCAACUCUCCAACCAGCCUAAGUUUGAGCUGCAUCUCAAGAUCUAUGAUCUCAACAAUGUGCCGCUGGUAUCUGGAUACUCGUUUAUAAAAUGGCACAUCACCAGCUCCAUCCACGCGGAGCACCGCGGGCGCACUCAAAAGUGUCCCAUCGCGAAUCACCGUGUUGAUUACAACUACGCAAAAGUCGUUCCCUCGAUUCGCAUUGGCAUCGACCGAAACGCGAGUCUCGGCGAGUGCUUCAUCGAGUUUGAAGUACUUCAAGAGUUCCCCGUCGGCGGCGGCGCAAGAGAUGAGCGCAUCUUGCUUGGCGUCGUGAGGCUGAAUCUGAGCGAGUUCGUUGAGGAAAGCGAUGCUAUUACGACGAGGAAGCGGAGCGCCAGCUUGAGUGUAGCUAGUUUCGCUACUGCAAUGGGUUCCCCGGGCAGUAUGGCUCCUCCCCCGCUACCGCGGAGUUCGGGCGCCGAUGGUGUGGCUGAGGAGGGCAUCAUGCGGAGGUAUCUCAUGCAGGAGAGCAAGAUCAACAGUACACUCAAGAUUGGGAUCCUCAUGGUCCAGAUCGAUGGCGAGAGGAACUAUGUCGCUCCGCCCUUAAAGACUGCAGCUGUCUUUGGCGGCAUUGCAGGGAUUAUGGCUGGCGACCAGGCAGAGCAGGACGAGCCGGGCCAAAUUGCCAACCUCUCCAAAUCCCGCGAUGCCGCCGAAGUCCAAGACCUCUACCGCCACGCCCUCACAGCCUCCUGGUGCGCCCAACCCGACGAACACCCCGCCGACGCCGUAAUCGAAAACCUCUUCUCAGGCGGCGACGGCUGGAAUCUCUCCUCCGCCCGUCUCUCGACCACCAAACCCCUGCCGUCCCCCUUCCCUACCACCCAGGGGCACACGGAUGACGACCUAGAAUCCAGUGGCAGCCUCUCCGGCGACGAAGGACAGGGCGGCACCAUUCGCCCCUCGGACUUCCGGAACGCCCAACGCCGCUUCGCGCACAGGAACCACCACGCGCUUUCGUUGACGAGCCAGAGGAGCUCGCUUACGAUCAAUUCGAUCCGCACGAUUCGCCCCGAGAGGCGCGGGGGAGUCCCCGUGGUGUCGAGGACAUCGGCGAAGGACGACGAUGUGAGGAGGUCGAGGAGCGAUAGUUUGACGAGCUUGGCGCCUACGUUGGGGAGUAGUGAUCGGGGGAUGGAUCCGGGGGUGAAGAGGGCGAUGGAGAUUAGUGAAGCGGAGGCGAGGGAUGAUCUUGUCGCUUGGAGGUUAGGUGGAAUUACGACGAUGAGGGCUUAA